AUGAAAGAAAUAGCUGCCAUCAUGCGGACUUUCGACAACGGCGUAGUUGAGGAGGAGGAGGACGUAGACAAGAUCUGGGUGGACAGUGCUGCCUUUGACAUUGUCAUCAGCUGCAUUAUCGUGCUCAAUGCCUUUGUCAUCGGAUUAGAGACUGAUGUAAGGCGUGCAUCGCGAGAGCGAGAUGCAGGUUGGAUAGUGGCUGAAGUCUUCUUCCUCUUGUGCUUCUUGGGCGAGGUUGGCUUGAAGAUGUACUACCACACCUGGCGGUGGGCCUUCAACUCGUUUUCCAACAUGCUUACAAUUUUCAUUUGUUUCAUGGCAUUCAUCGAUUGCACCAUUUUGAAUCCCAUUGGGGUUAGCGGAGUCCUUCGCAUGUUUUCGAUGUUUCGAAUUGUGGGCAUCUCGCGCCUCUACAAGCUCAUCAAACGAUACCGUCGAUUGGAUGAACUACGACUUUUAUUGCAGAGUCUGAAGGACUCAAUGCAAACUUUGUUCUGGACAGUUGUUUUGCUCGUUGUGGUUCUGUACAUUGCGGCGGUGAUUCUAACACAGCAGAUUGGACACAAUGUGGAGAUCUACGGGAACUAUCGCAAGCUUAGCGGUGGUUGGGAUCAUGAAGAGCUCUUCGGCACAGUAGGUCGCUCCAUGUUCACGCUGAUGCAGGUCAUGACUCUGGACAGUUGGCUUAGCAAGGUGGUGCGGCAUGUGGCUGUCAAUCAGUGGUACAUGAUUGCCUUCUUUUGCGCGUUCCUCCUCAUCACCACAUUUGGAAUCAUGAACAUCUUGGUCAGCGUCAUCGUAGAGCAAACCUUGGCAGCCUCACUGCAGAACAAGCAACGACUGAAGGUUCGCGAAGAGAAGGCUCAACGUGCAGAAUUGGAUAGCAUCAAGGAGAUUUUCUUGAUCUCAGACACCGAUGGCAGCAACAGUCUUGACAAGGAAGAGUUUCUGGCAGCAGUGAAGAACCCGGAGGUGCAAUGGCGAAUGAAGAUGCUAGAGCUUCCGGUCGCUGAAACAGUGAAGCUGUUCGGCGUUUUGGACGGAGAUGGCUCCCAGACCUUAAGCUACACGGACUUCAUCCAAGGCUGUGCCAAGUUGAAGGGUCAUGCCAUGAGCAAGGACAUGCUGGCAGUCAUGGCCCAGGCAGAUGCUCUUGCAACCAAGAUGGACUUGAUGGAUGAUUCUCUUGCAGAAAGUGAGCGAAUGGUUGCAGGGCUUGAUGAGAUCUCGCUACGCAUUGCUCGGCGCUUUGAUUCUGCCAUUUUGGGUUCACGCCGCAGAAUGGCACACGCAGCCGGCGGGUCCAAGCCAAUCAUCCCACCAAAGCGGGAUGGCCCAUCAGGCGACAAUGGUGAAGGUUCUGCUUCGCUUUUGCUUUCCAGUCGCGUCCUCACACACUUCGGCCCACUUGACCAUUCUUUGCUCCAGCCAGCAGCCCGCCAGAGCACAUGCAAGAUUGAUCUACAGAGCUGCUGCGAUCCAAAAGUCAGGUUGGAGGACCUGUACGAAAUAUUGGAUGAGUCAGUUGGUUCUGGGAGUUUCGGAGUCGUGCGAAGGAGCCGACACAGAGGCUCCGGGAAGGAGUGUGUCAUCAAAAGCGUCGGGAAAGAAGCUGCCGGUGAAAGGUACAGAGCACUUCUUGUGGAUCGUCAUCUUGGCGAGAGGCUGCUUUGGAUGUCAAAGCAGGCAAAGCAUCCAAACAUUGCGACCUACUUCGACAUACUCGAGGGCCCGCAACAUUUCUUCAUUGUUAUGGAGGAGCUCCUUGGCCCAGAGCUGAUGGAACAGGUUGAGGAGUUUUUCCCAGUCACGGAGGCGUACCUUCAGUGCAUCAUGAAGCAAAUCUUUCAGGGUUUGACCCUUUUAGAUUUUGGUUUUGCAAUGAGCCUGAGUGAGCCUUGGGAUAGAGCUGUGUGCGGCACUUUGAUGUUCAUGGCGCCGGAGGUAAUCGGAUCGAAGGCCGAGGCCCCAUACCUAGCUGCGAUGGAUGUAUGGGCGGCCGGAGUGAUACUUUAUGUUCUUCUUACAGGCGACGCGCCCGCUGAGGAAGCGCAGGUGCGCUUGUUUGGACGUGGUGGUCCGGCAGCAGAUGUUGCUUUGGACCGCGCUUUGGCUGCCCACGAGCUCAACAAAGCUUCAGAAGAGUCCCUGAAGCUUUUGAAGAACAUCCUCGUUCUGGACCCAAGUCUGAGAAUCACGGCCCAGGAUGCCUUGCAGCAUGAGUGGUUUCAGCUGGAUGCUGGGCGCAGGGUUUGUGUGCCAUUGGAAAAAUACCGCCGCACAAGAUCAGCAAGCAUGAGCUCACAAGUCUCCACCCCCAAAGCUUUGCCUUCCAGGGAGCGGACGCCAAAGAAAAUGUUGGAUUUGCCGCAGCCUGCCUUUGAACCACUUGAGCGCAUUGUUUCUGAGGGUGUUGAGGAGGUGAAAAAUUGA